AUGAAGCCCGCGGGCAGCUCGCGCGUUGGGGCCGGCGGCCGCGGCGGCUGGAAGGGUGGGAGCGACUCGGGCUCGGGGACCAAGGGCGGCUUCGGGUCGCGCACACGAGGCUUCAGCAGCGGCGGUCGGGGCCGGGGACACGGCGGCAGUGACAGCAGGGACCGCGGCGGCGGAGGGGUGCGGCGCGGCGGCGCGGCCAAGAACAAGAACCGGCGCAGGAAGGGCAUCGCGGUGUCGGUGGAGCCGCACCGGCACGAGGGCGUGUUCAUCUACCGCGGCGCGGAGGAUGCGCUGGUCACGCUGAACAUGGUGCCUGGCAUCUCAGUGUACGGCGAGAAGCGCGUCACGGUCAUCGAGAACGGCGAGAAGCUGGAGUACCGCACGUGGAACCCCUUCCGGUCCAAGCUGGCGGCUGCCAUCCUGGGCGGGGUGGAUCACAUCCACAUCAAGCCCAAGUCCAAGGUGCUGUACCUGGGCGCCGCCUCGGGUACCACGGUCUCGCACGUCUCCGACAUCAUUGGGCCCGACGGCCUGGUCUACGCUGUUGAAUUCUCCCACCGCGCUGGCCGCGAUCUGGUCAACGUGGCCAAGAAGCGCACCAACAUUAUCCCGGUCCUGGAAGAUGCCCGGCACCCGCUCAAGUACCGCAUGCUCAUCGGGAUGGUGGACGUGAUCUUUGCGGACGUGGCCCAGCCGGACCAGUCCCGCAUCGUGGCUCUGAACGCCCACACCUUUCUGCGCAAUGGAGGCCACUUUCUCAUUUCCAUCAAGGCCAACUGUAUCGACUCCACCGCAUCCGCUGAGGCUGUUUUCGCUUCCGAGGUGAGGAAGUUGCAGCAGGAGAACCUGAAGCCUCAGGAGCAGCUGACUUUGGAGCCCUAUGAGAGGGACCAUGCUGUGGUGGUUGGGGUCUAUCGGCCCCUUCCCAAGAGCAGCAGCAAGUAGCAUCAGGCAGGGAAGGCAUCCUGCCAUUGACGCAAGACUGUGUUGUGUCUCUGUGCCUGUUUUAUUGUGUUGCUUUUCUAGUAAAUAAAGAAUUCUCAAGCAUACCAUGAGGCCAGGCUGGAUCUUGCUGCCCAAGAGAACUUUUAGGUCUCUGGCAGCCUAACCCCACAGCUGGGUACAGAGGCCCUUCAGGGAACAGCCUGGGAGCUGGGCUUAUGCCAGUCACUGUAGUCCUCUGUUCUCCAGAGCCCCACUUUCACACAUACAUCCUCUAAUCACAA